UCCGGUUGUUGCUUUGAGACGCUCUCCGUGGGGAACCGUAUGAGGGUUGGGGAAACUUUGAAAGUUGGAUGCUGAAUAUCCGUUCUUUAGUUGCUGCAUCUGGAGGCAUGGGUAGCAAGAAACUAAGACGAGUGGGUUUAUCACAGGACCUGUGUGAGCGACUGAGCAAACAUCAGAUUACAACCUGUCAGAACUUUUUAUGUCUUUCCCCACUGGAGCUUAUGAAGAUGACUGGCCUUAGCUAUCAAGGUGUCCAUGAACUUCUGUGUAUGGUUAGCAGGGCCUGUGCCCCACAGAUGCAAACGGCUUAUGAGAUGAAGUCACGAAGGUCUGCUGCUCUCUCACCAGCAUUCUUAUCUACAACACUUUCUGCUUUAGAUGAAGCCCUGCAUGGUGGUGUGGCGUGUGGGUCUCUCACAGAGAUUACAGGUCCACCAGGUUGUGGAAAAACUCAGUUUUGUAUAAUGAUGAGUAUUUUGGCUACAUUACCUACCAACAUGGGAGGACUAGAAGGAGGUGUUGUGUACAUUGACACAGAAUCAGCCUUCAGUGCUGGAAGAUUGGUUGAAAUAGCAGAAUCCCGAUUUCCCAGCUACUUUAACAAUGAAGAAAAAUUACUUUUGACAAGCAGUAAAGUUCAUCUUUAUCGAGAACUCAGCUGUGAUGAAGUUCUACAAAGGAUUGAAUCCUUGGAAGAAGAAAUUAUUUCUAAAGGAGUUAAACUCGUAAUUAUUGACUCUGUUGCUUCUGUGGUAAGAAAGGAGUUUGACCCACAACUUCAAGGCAACAUGAGAGAAAGAAACAAAUUCUUGGCAAGAGAAGCAGCCUCCUUGAAGUAUUUGGCUGAGGAGUUUUCAAUCCCAUUGAUGUUCUUCUCAGAUGCCAGAGACCAGUCAUGGUUGCCAGAUGACUGGGCUUUGCUGGCUCAUCAAGGGGCUGUGGCAAUGCUUGUUUCCAUGAGAGCUGGAAGAAAAGAUGCAAUGGAAAAAGCACAUGCAAUGGUUAUCUUGACGAAUCAAAUUACAACCCAUCUGAGUGGAGCCCUCGCCUCUCAGGCAGACCUGGUGUCUCCAGCUGAUGAUUUGUCCCUGUCUGAAGACACUUCUGGAUCCAGCUGUGUGACAGCUGCUCUAGGAAACACCUGGAGUCACAGUGUGAACACCCGACUGAUUCUUCAGAACCUUGAUUCAGAGAGGAGACAGAUUCUCAUUGCCAAAUCCCCUCUGGCUCCUUUCACCUCACUUACCUACACCAUUAGGAAGGAAGGCCUGGUUCUUCAAGAACCUGGAAGCUAUUUGGCUGUCUUUGCAGUGUUAACAAUUUGCAUUUGUGAAAAUGCCCAGGCUAACAGAGGCCAUAGGGACACUAUGACCUUUGUGUAGAGCUGCCGGGGGCAUGAUUUGUGAAAUGAAACAGGCCAUGCUGCCUGGAAGAAGGAAACGGAAGCCAACAUAAUGGGGAUUAAUUAGUUGAUUGCUGUUGAGAUGGUAACAGCCUUGCCCCUAUACCACUGAGCCCACCAUUGCAGGGAAGAUGAAGAUGAAGAAGCCUUUGUUCAGGUCUCUAGAAGGCUUUGCAGCCCUGGGAUGUCAACAGCCAUAAUAAUAAUAAUUUGCACUUAUAUAGCACCUUUCAACCAGGCACCUCAAAGCGGUUUAACCACAUUAAUUAAUUAAAAGCCCACAAUCCCCUGUUGAGAGAAGGAGGAUGACUAACAGGAUUUGUGAUUACAGGAGGGAAUGUUUCCGAAUAAAGUAUUGUCCACUAAAUAAAGAGAGUAGGUGUAAAGGAAUUGAGGUCUCCAAAGAGGAAUUGAUUCAGAAAUGAAAUCAUGGAAAGGUGGGGGGGUUUAGAGGCGGGCAUCGGCAUGGGGGUCUGCUCUCAUGUCCAAGGGAGGUCACUGGUCUCAGCAUUCACUGACAGGUUCAGAUCCAACUGGGAAGCGGAACAUGUAUGGUAUUAGUGGCAUUUGGAAGGUCAUUAUUCGGAAAACUAUUGUGGUGUAAAUUCAGGUUUCACGAGUAUAUUGUGUAUAACCCUGCAGAACAAAGAUUGCGAUUCAUGAAGGAUUUAAUAAAGACUGAAAUGAUCCCUUUAACUUUAAAGUGCAAAGCUGUCCCAGUCAAUUAGUAAACUAAUCAAUUGGUGACUCAUAGAUUAAUUUAGUCAUUUCUAGCAGACAUACCCAGUCUAUCCCCUUCCGAGGACUUGAGACUUCCAACCAAAGCUUCAAGACUCUGUUUGAUGUAAGGCUUGGGGGCUUCUUCUCCUUCCAAGCCAGGUGCCAAAUCACCCCAGCCUUUGGCAUUGGUACCUCUUUUACCUGACUUGUUAGUGACCCCACACAGUCCUCUAAAGAAUCACUUUUUACCUUCACUGGUUUUCAAAUGCCUUGGUUAGAAUCAACUCUUAUCCUAUCUCAUCUCUCCCAUUAGUGCCCAGCAGCAUCUGUGCACCAAGGAGGUAGGAAAUUGGUGGAAAAUGGUUGACCUGAGUCUUCGUUGAGCACCUACCAAGACCUCAGAAACAAUGGCUCUCUGCCCUGUCCUGGAGAACUAUAUUAUAAUAAAUGGAAAAGACUCUUAAGCUACUAACUGUAACAGAAAGCAGAGUAGAGUAAAGUGAUAUGACAGAUGCAUGUCCAAGCCACAUGCUGCAAGGGCUAAAGGAGGCACAUUUAAUUCCACCGGAGUGGGUCGGGGCAGGCAUUCCUGGAGAGCGAGCAUUGCUCUGGGCAUUGGAAGGCAAGAAGGAUUCCGAUAGACCUGGAAGAGGUGGGUGAGGCUCAUUUUCCAGACUGUGGUCAUUUGUCUCCCUCUGAACGAGGUGUAUUUUGAGAACUUGUGGUCUUCAAUAGAACAUUUGUGAAAAAUAAGCUGAGUUUUGGAAGAUGCUUAAGUGUACAUUUCCUAAGAAUUCUGAUGAAUUGAAUUGGCUCAUUUCAAACAUCAAGGAACUAUUUGAGAAGUUAGGAAAGAUGUUUCGUUCUCUGUAACUACUAAUUUGGUCUCUCCCCACUCUCACUGUCUACCAAAGAAGGAAAGCAAAAUGGUUCACUCAUUACAAUGGGGCACUCAGAAGUGUCUGAAAGAGGUUCAGGAAACCAUAUCCCCACCCCAAGUCUCAAAGAGCUACGGGCUUUUGACUUGCUUGACCCCCAGGAAAUACUAAGACAAUGCUAUACCCCAGGGACUGAGAAAAUCAGUCCCAUACUCUCCCGCUCCAAGGCCCAUCAGGGCACAUCACCACCAGCCAUGCUGCCAAGACAGGGACAGGCACUGUCUCUGUACCAUGCUAGUGUCCACUGGGCAUCACUGCAUGUCCAACACACACUUCACAACAUCACAUCACCGAAUCCCCCUAACAACCUCGCCAGGUAGGACUUCUUAUUAUCCUUCAUUGAUGAGGAACAAGGCAAGUUCAGUCUGUUGCUAGAAAGUCAUGAAAUGUAGAUAUGAACAUAAGCAGUCAUGCUCCUUCCACUUGCCCCUCUCCCAGGUGUUCACAUCUGGCACAGCCUCUCUUAGUUCUCCUCGUUUCACGCAAGUACUCAGGUCAAUACUACAGACAUAGGAAUUCAGUGAAUAUUUCCAAAUAACAGAAUCCCUGGGGACCAUAUUAGUAGUUUGAGCCACUGGAAGAAGUGGCUACAGAAGACUUGGACAGUGGUGCUGAGACUCUAGUAGAGGCUCCAUCACGCCAUCUUCACUCUCCACCAUUAUUAAAUCUCAGGAAAUACACAUCGGAAAUUUUCCCCCGGGAAGCUGGUAAGAAAGAAGACACAAAUGCAUUCUUCCACAUGAGCUGAAGAUCUGCCAAAAGGGUACCACCCAUGAGAUGCAUCGCAUAUUAUUAAUAACUUUUAUUGAACUUGGCUGCUGCUCGCUGUUUUUUUUCUAGGUAUGUUUGUGCAUAUCCAUAUUUAUGGCAAAGUCCAAAUUUGUCUCCCUCAUGGCGGUAGCCACCUAGCUAUUCUGGGGAAGAUUCAGAACUGGAGUCCUGAUCAGCCCACAGAGUGAACAUUUCUGAAUUGACUUGGAAGUGCUUUGGACUCUAUGUGCUCUAUCUUUUUUGAUUGGAUGUUGUGAGCAGUUACUUUUUAGAAAGAGGAUUGUGAAAGUUUGUCUGGCAAAACCAAAUAAGAAUUUGGGAGAUUGGAAAAUGAGGAUUAGGUAAUGGGAAAGAGGGAUAUGAAGACCAGAGGAAGUGCAAAAUACCUGAUUCUGGCCUAAAAGUUGUAGAUUUAGAACUGCUGGGAGAUGUCAGGUAUUUUGCUGUUUUUUUGUUUUGUUAUCCUGAGCUUUGAUUUUAAUAUUGUCACCAUCACUUUUGUCUUAGAGCUGUGAAGACUUUCUUUAUUCUACUACAGAAUUCAGCAGAAGCCUCUUCGGCACAAAUGGAAGGAAGGAGCUGUAGGGGCCGGACUGGACACUGAGCAGGUUUUCUGAUCCCAUGCAGACCGGGUAAAGGAGGAGUCCUCAGUGGUUUUGCAGGUUUUUAUUGGGAUUACCAGGUACACAGCAGGCAGGGGCGCUGGGGGGCAGGUAGGCUGGCAGGCCUCCCAGCCCCCAGCAGGUCUUCACUCUGGGCUCUCCGGCCUUCUCUCAGCUUCUG